AUGGCGACCGCCGGCGGGCCCAGCGACCACCACAAAUAUGCCAUCUACCCAUCUCUCCUCGGCAAGAUCGCCCUCGUCACCGGCGGAGCCGAAGGCAUCGGCGGCAGCAUCGUCGAGAUAUUCGCCCUGCAGGGCGCUCAGGUCAUCAUUGCUGACAUCGCCGAGGACUCCGCGUUGAAGCUCAUCGAGAAAAUCAAGGGCACCGCCCGAGGGCCCAUCGGUCCGGAACCCGUCGUGCCCGUCUUCUACGAGUGCGACGUGACCAACCUCGACACGCUCAAAUCCACCGUCGACCGCGCCCUGGCCCAAUUCUCCCGCAUCGACAUCCUCGUGAACAACGCGGCGAGCUCGGCAGGAAAAGCCCGCGUGGCAACCAAAGACGUGACCCCGGAAGCCUGGGAGUUCAACAUCAACGUGAACCUGCGCCACCAAUUCUUCCUGUCGCAGCUGAUCUUCCCGCACAUGGCGGCGCAGAAAUCCGGCGCCAUCGUCAACAUGGGCAGCAUCAACUGGAAAGUGCCCGGCGUCGGACUGCCCAUCUACACCACGUGCAAGGCGGCCGUCGUCGGCCUCACGCGCACCCACGCCCGCGAGUUCGGACCCCACGGCAUCCGCGUCAACAGCGUCAUGCCGGGAUCGAUUGCCACGGAGCGUCAGAUCAAAGAGGUCCUCACGGACGAGUACAAGGCGGAGACGAUUGCCGCGCAGGCGAUCAAGCGGGUUAUUGACCCGCACGAAGCGGCGCGCGUGGUGGUUUUCUUGUGCACGGACGAUGCGAGCGCCGUGACGGGGAGCCAGUAUGUUGUUGACGGAGGCUGGAUCGGAGACCCAUAG